UAUCGUUUGCGCGUGCGCACGGGGGUACUUCCCUGGUCGGAUUGCCUUGCAGUAGUAAGGAAAUGGGUGGGCGCCACUGCCUCUUAAAGGGGCAGUACCCUCGAUAGUGGCAACCUGCGUUGGCCCCUUAGCAGCAACCUGGAGGGCAGCAGAGGCGAGGAGGGGACGGAGUGCCUUUCCGGUUGAAGUGCAAGGACUUGGUUAUGAAUCGUCCCUGCCUGGUGAUGUCACCCCCAUCAAUGGUGUAGCAGGGGGAAGGGUUGUGUCUCACAGCACACUGACAUCACUUCCUCUUGAGCUUCGAAAGUGACUGGAUCAAUGGAGCAGGAGUGCCUGGCCCUCGUUGCUGCCUGUGUUCAGACUUCCCAGCUGUUGGUGCAACAAUGGAUGCUCAACCGACGCACGGCGAUUUUUGCAAUCGCAAGGAUUCUGCAGCGCAGACGCUUCCGCAGGUCAGCCGCUGUGCUGAGACGGAUUCUCUCAGCCAGCGUCCGGCGCAAGAGAGCACUGUUGCGGCUUCACCGAAAUGCAAUUGUCUCGGUAGUCACUAUGGUGUACUCAUCUUCUCCUGCACUGCAUUAUGAGCAUGAGCUGAUGGCCUUGUCUGAGCGGUCCCACUGGAUGCUUCCACGAUGCAGUGAGUGGUGGGAGAGGAUGAUCUCUUCAGAACAAGAUGACAAGUGCUGGAUUUCUUUGUUCCGAAUGUCACGCUCGACACUGAUGUAUAUCGCUGAGGAGCUGCGCCCUGCCCUGCAGCGUCGAGACACCGGGAUGCGCUCGCACAUUCCUGUUGAAAAAAGGGUAGCCAUGACCAUCUGGAAGUUAGCUCACCACGACAGUUACAAGACCGUCUCGGAGCUCUUUGGAGUGGGGAUUUCAUCAGCAUGCUCGAUAUUUGAAGAGGUCUGCGAGGAAAUAAACAGCAGGCUGCUAGCCCAAAUAAUUGUGCUGGGAGAACCACAGGAGAUCAUGGAGGGCUUCAAAGAGAUGGGCUUCCCCAACUGUCUUGGUGCAAUUGAUGCCAUACAUAUCUCCAUUCUUUGCCCCCCAUUCUCUGCUGAUUCCUACAUUAAUUGCAAAGGCUUCUAUUCCAUGGUGUUGCAGGCCCUGGUGGACAGUAAAUCCCGUUUCACUGAUAUCUAUGUUGGCUUUCCUGAACGGUCCCAUGACUCCCGCAUCCUGCACAACUCUCCUUUUUUCAACAGCAUGGAUGAGGGCACCUUUGGGCCACAAACUCAGACAAUGUUGGAGGGGGUUUCCAUGACUCCUGUCAUAAUUGGGGAUCCUGCAUAUCCACUUCGCCCCUGGCUAAUGAAACCAUACCCUGCACCCAAAACCGGGGCCCAAGAGAAAUUCAAUGAGAGGCUCUCAACGUGCCGAGCGUGUGUAGAGAGAGCUUUCGGGGUCUUGAGAGCUCGCUGGAGAUGUUUACAGAUGCGGCUGGAUGUGAGGGAGAAGCUCAUUCCAGUGGUCAUCGCCACAUGCUGCAUCCUGCACAAUAUAUGUGAGAUCAAGGGUGAUGAGUUGCUGGAGCCAUUGGAAAAUCCUGCGGCUGCCGAAAACCAGAAUGCUUCAGCCAGGCCAAGAGUACCACUGUCAGAAGCUGGACUAACCAAGAGAGCUUGCCAGAUCAGGGCUGCUUAUUGCUCCUAUUUUGAAAAGAACCCUUUGUAAAAGAACAGGUUCAUUUACCCAUGUGACUUCAGGGGGUGGUGGUGUUUGGCCUGGCUGUGUACCAUGUAAUACGGAAGUCUACUAAAUGGUACCUCAUUUUAUAUAUCAAAUAAAACGUUUAU